UUAUCGGUCGAAGGUCCUCUGUGAGAUGAUGGGCCCCAGCACCGCCCGCGCCAGCCGGGUGGUCACUGGGAAGCGGUCCCUGAAGGCACCACCCCUACCAGACACAGCGGACUCGGUCGUCUCGACCCACAGUAGCACUGCGAAGGAAUGACAGGAUAGAGCACAGCAGAUGAGAGUGAGCGCUUUGUGUCUGUGCGCAUGGGCUGUGCCGUGCUGGGCUGACCGGUGUUGUCGGGGUACUGGGCAUCCCUGAUGGCGAUCCAUGCGACGAACGGGUGGCCGGCAUUGGUCAGGACGAGAUGACGAAAGGGUUCGCCGCCAAUGCUGAAUGAUGUCGUUGUGGUGCAUCCCUCCACUGGUGUGUGGGGGGACUGUGUAAGCAGGGUGUCCAGCCGGUCGUUGUCAACAUGCCUGACACACACACACAACGUGCACUCGAGUGUCAUGACAAUGCCCACACGGAGUGAUGCCCCGCCUCACCUGUUGAUUGUACGGCUGGUGAAGUUGUACUGGUGAGUGGCUGCGAAGUGCCGAAGGAUGGUGCUCUUGACCAACGACGACACGGACGAGUAGUCACGAGCACCCAGCAGCCGCCAGCCCUCGAGCGGAUCAUAUUGGAUCCUGCUGCGGACUGGCGGGUCAUGCGCUUGUCGGUGCUGUUGGUAGGGGUGGUUGGCAGGGAGGGGCGGGUCGAUGUCGAUCUCGAAGCCGUCCUGAUCCUUGACGGCCCGCAGUGUGUCGCCGUGUUGGAACAGCUGGAAGGUCACGCCGUUGCCGAAGUCGAUGUGGGGGCCGACCAUCUUGAGCUGAGCCAACACACGAGGAGCGGCCAAAUACGCCUACACGACCACACACGCACAGAGAAGAAUGAAUGAGGCCCUCUCGUUGCCCUCCCGCCCCUGUGUGUGCGUCUCACCGUCUUGUUGGCGUGGCUGUUGAUGUCGUCAGCAGUCAGCCGCACCGGCAGGGUGCACCGGCCGCACUGCGCCGCCAGCCGCAGUAUGUCGACGACCUCGUCCCACGUCUGCUCCUCCACCAGCCACAUGGCCGCCAGCAGCACACGUGGCUCAGACACCGUCUGGGCGUCGAAGGCCAGCACUGUGUCGAGCCAUGUGCCGUCGGCGAGCCGAAUUCGGUGCAGGGAGUGGGUGAGUCGGGUGCGGAGUGCAUUGGGAGGGAAGUCGAUGCGGCUGUGGUGGCGGGCCGCCACUCUGAGGCUGCCGACGUCCUUGACCUUGAGCAGCCGAACUCGCGAGUCACCGAAGAUGCAGCGGACGGCCUCGCCGUUGAUGACGGGCGAGUCCAGGUCGCUGCUCCUGCUGCUGGGCCGAGGCCGAGUCAUGGCUGACACGAGUAACACGUAGAGUAAGUGAAACAGACACAGACAGGAAAUAGCACACACACAACCGCUGCGACAGUGUGGGAUGACGCAUUCAUGAAUUGCUUUGCUGGUGGAAUGCAGACGACCUACCGAUCUGACGCAAUGAAGCAAAUUCAGCCGUUCGAAAGGAGGGAACCUGCGAUCUGCCGGGUUCAU